GCGACGACACGAACUGACUGCGCUCAUACAGAGGGCAUCCAGCAUGGAUUAUCAAAACAGAGCAGGAAACAAAGGCGCCGGUGUGGCUGGUGCUAGCGAGGCGAACGUGGAUCGUAGGGAGCGGCUGCGCAAGUUGGCGCUCGAGACCAUCGACAUUGCAAAGGAUCCCUACAUUUUACGCAAUCACCUCGGAUCGCUCGAGUGUCGGCUGUGCCUUACGUUGCACACCAACGAAGGGUCCUAUCUCGCGCAUACACAGGGAAAGAAGCACCAGACAAAUUUAGCACGGAGAGCCGCGCGAGAGGCAAAGCUGAGCAACUCGUUCGCCGACGCUCAGCGCCUCCUCACUGGCCCAGGCACCGAAUCUCAAAAGAAGCACUUUCUCAGCAUAGGUUCGCCGGGUUUCAAGAUCACAAAGGUGCGCGAGCCACUCAUCAACCUGCCGACAGGAGACAACAGCGCGCGCGAAGACGUCGGAGGAAGAGUCGGUAUGCUGUUUCAGAUUCAACUUCCAGAGAUCAAGGAGGGUGUCAAGCCAAUGCAUCGCUUCAUGAGUACAUUCGAACAGCACAUCGAACCACAAAACCGAGCUUGGCAGUAUCUCGUCGUGGCGGCAGAGCCCUAUUCGAGCAUCGCAUUCAAGCUUCAAGCAAGAGCCAUCGACAAGUCCGAAGGUAUCGUUCUUUCUGCCGCACCCGGAAGUCGUCCUAGGGAAGAGCCGGGAACCUGGUCAUUCUGGGACCCUGAUGUAAAGACAUAUACCAUUCAAGUCAUGUUCCAAUAGCUGCCAUUCCAAUGUGUAAUUUUACCGUGCAACCUUGAGCUGUUCUUUCGCAGAGUCCUAACAAUUCUUGG